GCAUGCAGAGGCUCUGAAUUUGAUGAAGGCAUACAAACUGACUCUGGACCUGCAAAUGACACUCUGGAAACAGAUGCCAAUCCGCGAUACAAAAUCCCAGUAGAAGCAGAUUUUCUGUUUGCAUACUCCACAGUGCCAGGUUAUUACUCCUGGAGGAAUCCUGGAAGAGGCUCCUGGUUUGUGCAGUCUCUGUGCUCUGUCCUAAAUGAGCAUGGAAAGCAACUUGAGAUCAUGCAGAUACUCACACGGGUCAACUAUGUGGUUGCCACAAAUUUUGAAUCACAAUCUGAUGAUCCACGCUUCAGUGAGAAGAAGCAGAUUCCCUGUGUGGUCUCUAUGCUCACUAAGGAGCUUUACUUCUGAAAGUGUAUUUUAAUGCAGCCAAUGAUGUGAGAUCAGGAUAUGGUUUUGGGUGGAGAUUUGAUUAUAAACUGGAGUAACACAUUUUUAAUAACAGAAAUGUAAUUACACUAGAUUUUUAUGU